AUGGCAAAGAGGGGACAGCCAAAGGGGGGCGCGGCACUGCACAACACAGCCGGGGGCCAUCCAUCCUCUUCUCAGCAACCAUCACCGCCGCCUCCUCCACAGUCCCGACCACACAGCAGCAACUCCAGCCACGAGCCCCGGCGGCAAAACCUCCCAGUACUUUCGCUUCCUGCUCCAUACUCCAUCCACCCCUGUUUUGGUUCUCUCCGAACUGCAGCAACCACUGCCGAGACCUCCCUCUGCAACUCACCUCCGGCUACUAGCCAGAAGCCACAACCGAGGCCACCAUUCCAGCCAUCUGCUGCCAACCCAACAACCCCAUCCUCUUCAUGCCGCCAGCAGCAGCGACCACCAGCAACACCCGAGGCUUUCCUCUACAACUCUGCCACCACACUUCCCCCUGCAACCACUGAGUCUGCUGCGACUAGCCGCAAGCCUCCACGACCACAACCAGGUCCAUCAUCCUCGGCCACGAGCUCCACGACCACCACCAUCCUCCAAGCUCAGACGCAGGACACCCGACAGACAGCAGCCAUCUCCACACACCGCCGACUAGCGUCUCCAGUGCCAGCCCUCUGCACCCACCACUGUACACUCCAGACAAGCCAGCUAGCCUUCCGACCAGCAUCUUCGACGAGCCAAUCCCACUCCGACAGCCUCUGCAGAUCUCCCCGGCGAGUCCCUCAGUAA